CUGGACGCCGGGCUGGGCGGGUCCGCGUCGUAGCGGGCGGCGUGGAUCCCGUCCGUACGGCGGCUCCUUUAAGCCCGGGGCGCCACCCCCGCCGCCCCGCCUCCGGCCUGAGUGUAGCUGGUGGCGGGGCCGGGGCCGCGCGAGCCGCGAUGGAGCUGCACAUCCUAGAGCACCGGGUGCGGGUUCUGAGCCUCGCCCGCCCCGGCCUCUGGCUCUACACCCACCCGCUCAUCAAGCUGCUCUUCCUGCCCCGCCGCAGCCGGUGCAAGUUCUUCAGCCUGACCGAGACCCCCGAGGAUUACACGCUCAUGGUGGACGAGGAGGGCUUUAAAGAGCUGCCCCCAUCUGAGUUCCUGCAAGUGGCAGAGGCCACGUGGCUGGUGAUGAACGUGUCAUCUCACAGCGGCGCGGCCGUGCAGACGGCUGGGGUCACCAAGAUCGCGCGCUCGGUCAUCACGCCGCUGGCCGAGCACCACGUGUCGGUGCUGAUGCUGUCCACGUACCAGACGGACUUCAUCCUGGUGCGGGAGCAGGACCUGUCGGUGGUGAUCCACACCCUGGCCCAGGAGUUUGACAUUUACCGCGAAGUGGGCGGGGAGCCUGUGCCGGUUGUCAGGGAAGAUUCCAGCAAUGGCUUUCCCCGCGCCCAGCAUGGGCCCAGCCCCACAGUGCAUCCCAUUCAGAGCCCGCAGAACCGCUUCUGUGUCCUCACGCUGGACCCCGAGACGCUGCCAUCCAUUGCCACCACCCUCAUCGACGUCAUCUUCUACUCGCACAGUGCCCCCAAGGAGACGGUGUCUGAUGGUCCUGAACCCAGCUCCAUUCCGUUCUUUGCUUUCUCCCUCAUCGAGGGCUACAUCUCCAUCGUCAUGGACGCAGAGACGCAGAAGAAGUUCCCCAGUGACCUUCUGCUGACCAGCUCGUCGGGCGAGCUGUGGAGGAUGGUUCGCAUUGGUGGACAGCCCCUGGGCUUCGAUGAGUGUGGGAUCGUGGCUCAGAUCGCGGGUCCCCUGGCCACCGCUGACGUCUCUGCGUAUUACAUCAGCACGUUCAACUUCGACCACGCUCUGGUGCCCGAGGAUGGCAUCAGCAGUGUCGUUGAAGUCCUCCAGCAGAGGGACUUGGGGAGCAGAGCAGGCUGCCCGUCAUCGCUGGGCUUCCAGAGAGUUCUCUAAGCUGCCUCCCCAGCCGGGAUGAGCCCCCCGUGCCUGCCGGGGCCCCCGUGUCUGUGCCAGCUGUGUGGGGACACGCGCCUGCAGCCCCCGGUGCAGCAGAAGGCGUCAGUUCCACUGUGGCUCUGCCCACGCAGGGGACCUGGUGCUUGGGGGGCUCAGCCCCCCACCGUCACUCCCCGGGUGGCCUCAGCACAGUCCCUGACCGAGGCCUGGCCUGGCCCCAUGUC